AUGGAUGAACUACCCGAAGAACAAAAGACACCUGUGGCGCGUCAAUCCUCACCAGUUAGAUCGUCACAGAAUUUGGUGUCAUCUCGGGUUAGGUCCAGGUCACGGUAUUCUCUGCCUCCCAAGACUCCAGUGCGAACGCCCAGUCGCACUAGAUCAGGUUCAACUCAACGACUACGAAGAGUUUCAGCUGGAGAGACACCCAAAUUGAAAAGGCAUUCAAACGAUGGGCGGACGACUCCAACCAUAAAAGGAGCACAUGGUAAUUCGCCGCGCAGAAAUUCAAUCAGGAGGGUCCCUACUACUCCCUACGCUCUAAGAGCCCUUAAGACAUUGACCCCAAGAGGAGCCAGAAGACAAUCUGCAGCUAGAGACACUCCCAAUAGAGAGAAUUCACAGUACACCCCGACUAAAGAUCUUAGGUCAUUGAGUCGCCUUUUGUUAAAGGAAAGAAACCAAGGAAACACAGAAAGUCAUAAUUUGUCAACCAUUGAAAAUAAAUCUACAACCGUCCACGAGACUCUUCCUCUUCCCGACCUAAGCGAGUUCACUGAUAUAGCAAUGCCUGAAGGAGUGGUUCAAAGGGGAAUAUUUAGUCCGGCAAAGCCUGAUGACCAGGAACUAUUUGAGGGAAUCAACCAAGAUUUCAAUCAAGACGUGGAGUCUUAUCAAGGUGUUAACGAGAAUAAUGAGAAUGGCACAUUCAGUGAUGAAGAACCGCUUUUUGGCAUGGAUUUAUCAUUGUUGGAGCCGGCAGUAGGAGCAUCACCACCAAAAAAAUCUUCCAAACCUUCCAAAUCAACAAACUCGCUUCUCCCCAAAUCCAUGAUCCUGAAGAUGGUCAAAUUCAAAACUGGACGAACCACAAUUGGCCCUAAUUUAUACCCCACCUUACAAUCCAUAAGUGACGAUUUCUUCACCCAGGUAUCGGAAGACCUGUGCCGUUAUGCCGAACAUGGGCGUCGAUCGAUGGUCAACUUUACCGAUAUCCAACUUUUAACACAACGCAUUAACAAAAACUUGGCAUCAGUAGAUAACAGCACAGAACAUAGCGAUAUUAUGACCUUAGCAAGAGAAUCAUUAGAUCUCGAACAGCUUAUGGAACUUGAGAAUAUGAUGCAUCUCAACCAAAUGCAAAAAUCAACGAAAAAAAAAACUGUAAACUAG